AUGAACAUGGAUCCGCUGCUGCUCAACGACACGCUUGAGAACUGUUUUCGGCCGCCGGAGACCGAGAUCUACAGAAUAUUCUCGACGACCGUUAAUGGCUACAUGACGACGGCGCUUGUCAUCCUCGGCACGAUCGGAAAUAUUCACGGAGUGCGACGAGUUCAAGUAACCAAUCUCGAUAAGAACCGAGGAGUCGUGUUGGCCGUGUCGUUGAUAGCAUUGGCCAUCUGGGAUACGGUACUGUUGUGGUGUGCGUUUUUCUACUACGCAAUUCGAAAACUGCCGAUCGCUAUCAAUUCCGAUUGGCUGAACAUUCUUAUGCCAUGGUUUCAUCCAUUCUCACAGAUUGCCAAUACGGCAGCGACGUGGUGUGUCGUUGCUAUCACUUGGCAGCGAUUUAUGGCCACAAGGGAUCCGUUCAGGACCCCGAGGUCAGCAGCACUGGUGCAGUCGUUCCGUAGUGAACGACGGAUAUCAUUCAUGUACUGCUCGACGUAUCGACGUCUUCUUCGAAUGCCUAUAGCGCUUUCGAUUGGAGCCGUCUUGUUGAACAUUCCUGCAUUUUUUGAACUUUACAAUUAUAUGUGCUACAAGCUGGAGGAAAAUCGCAUAGCGAUUUCU